CGAACCAGGGCUUGGAUCACAUUGAUCGGAUCGAAAUGUUAGUCAUUUGACUUGUAAAUAUCUGUUGCACUAUUGACCCUUGAGUUAAUUAUCAUACACAAUGGGGUAUAUCGGGUAUAUAAACCCGACAACUGUCAGAGAAGGUUAUUAUUCAGUUUAAAUUCACACUCAUCAUGUCUGGUCGCGGCAAAGGAGGAAAAGGUCUAGGAAAAGGAGGCGCGAAGCGUCAUCGCAAGAUCCUUCGGGAUAACAUCCAGGGCAUCACCAAGCCCGCCAUUCGUCGUCUCGCUCGCCGUGGUGGAGUCAAACGAAUCUCUGGCCUCAUCUACGAGGAGACCCGUGGCGUUCUCAAAGUCUUCCUUGAGAACGUUAUCCGUGACGCGGUCACCUACACCGAGCACGCCAAGCGCAAGACUGUCACCGCCAUGGACGUGGUCUACGCUCUGAAGCGACAAGGCCGAACCCUGUACGGAUUCGGCGGCUAGAGUAUCAAGUCAACUCCAACAAACAACGGCUCUUUUAGGAGCCACCACAUGCAACAAAAGUCAUGAUCAAGUGCACUCGGUUUUUUUAGUGUGCUCUGUUUCAACUUCGUGUCAUACUUUUCGUAAAUCUCUCUGUAGUUUUUGCGGGAUUACUCACGAUACUGCGUACAUUAAAUAAAUACUAUUUCAUAAAGUCAUGCAUCCUGAAGUAUAAUAGAAUUUUCAGUCGCUAAUUCGAACUUUUUCUCGUAAAUCAUAUUUAGAUUUGUUAGUUGAUUUGGAUUCUUGUAGGGAAACAUUUGAAGCUAAAGAAUGCUCUAUUUUUUGAACUUGAAAGAGACGAUUUGUGUCUCCUUUACUCCUCAGGCGCCAAGUUAUCAAUAAGGUUUGAAUUUGUAAGCAACAAAGAAUAACGGGUUUUGGCGCGAAAGCUUAGUCGCAUAAACUCACCGAAAUGUAGUUCUUUAUUGGAUAACUAUUGUACGAGCUUUAGCAAACGUGUAUAUCGGAAGAUUUUCAUGAACUUGAGCUACUAUAAGCAAAACGCCCGGGGUAUUUUGCGAGGCUUUGAAUUAGAUUUGUGAUGACAAGAUUUGUGUGUGAAUAAGGGUGAAUAGAUUGCAUGUUAGGCAACGACUUUUGUGUCACUUGGUGGCUCCUAACAGGGCCUUGGCCUUCUUCUCGGUACGGCCUGUAUGUUGGGCAGCACACCACCCUGAGCACGGCGGCCAUGUAGACCGGUGCGCCAGCACCAACACGCUCGGCGUAGUUGCCUUUGCGCAGAUGACGGUGGAUACGACCGACGGGGAACUGAAGCACCAAUCACAAAUCACUAUUUCUCAAUAGAACGAUGACCUGUGACAUCGAAUAUUCAUGGCUAUGUUUCCUAAGAAGUAACUUAACUAAAUUAUCAUAUUAACCUCAAAGUAACCAAUCACAAAUAGGGAUUUUCGAUCCGCGACCCUACGUAAUCACCCGUCUGUUUGGUUUAAAUAUGACCACUCAGACUUGGAGCGGUUAUUGUCAUUUGCAAAAUCAGUAGCAAAAUGCCACCAAAACCUCCAGUCGGAAAAUCCGCAGGCAAAAAGGCCGUCAAGAAGCAGGUUGGAGAGGGCAA